GCACUCGCAUGUAUUUUUCCAUCCGAUCAUGAGCAGCACUUCAUUUGAGAUCACGCGGAUCCCGACGCCAGACGAACAACGCGCACUGACAACCGAGACCGUCUACACAACUACGAUCUCGCCGCAGAAGACCUCGCAAUUGCUUUCGUUCAUCGCCAAGCAUUUGCCUAAGCUGACUGGCAUUGAGCAUGUGAAGCGCGUGCGCAAAACCAGCACUUUUCUGCAGGUAAUCCUCUGCCAGACUAGCGCUAUAACAGAGGAAGAAUUGCUACGUAUCCUGAAAGACUCGGAAUGGACAUUGGGGGAGAUCUGUCAAGUGCCGGAUACGCCGCCGAUCACGGCCGAUCAGUUUAGCAAGUGGAAGGAUGUGUGGCCGGUGGCAUUCCGUCCGCCGGCACAGAAUCGCGUGGAGAUUACUGAGGAGGAGAGGAAGUACAUUGCCGGGCAGAUUUUGCGCAGUGAACAGGAGGGCGUGGUGAUGUGUCAGCCCAAGACCCAUGCAGUGGUGGCUAGUGCUACGGCCCAAGAUCACCCCUUGAGACAUGCGGCUAUGUGCUGUAUUGGCAAGGUGGCUGAUCUGGAGCUGGCGCGGAAUGACAGUCUGGUGCCGGCCAAGCGCAUGCAUGAUGAGCCAAGUGACACGGCUGGGUACCUGUGCGAGGGCCUAGAUGUGUUUGCAAUAACCGAGCCAUGUGUGAUGUGCUGUAUGGCGCUGGUGCACUCGCGGAUCGGACGGUUAUUUUUCAUCAACGCAGCGAGCGGCGGUGGGAUCAGCUACUAUGGAAUGCAUGCGCGCAAGGGUCUCAACCACCAUUUCUCUGUGUUCCAAUGUUCAAUGCCUGAAAAGUCCGAUGCGUAAUUAACAAGCAAUAAACCUAC